GGUACUGCCUGAUGAUCGUCACAGAAUGUGGCUACAAGGUGUUGCUAUGCGUCUACCUCAUGUUCAAGGGAGUUCAAAGAUAUCUGACCCUGAGAUUGGUGAUGCUGCCGUACGCCGUAGGCUACAUGCUGCACUUCAUCCUUGGACAUUUUGUUCCGGUGGAGGACACCGAUCGUGCAGAGGGCUGCAACGUGGUGAGUUCGCUCUUCAGCGACCUGGGCCGUUUCCUGUGCUUCGUCCUGGUGGUCUCCGUGUCCAUGAAGGUGGAUAAUUCAUCGGAUGUCCUCUACGAUUGGGAGGCUGCCUUCUGGCCCUGCUGGGGUUUGGAGGGCGUCAUCGCCUUGGUGGUGCUGCUGGUUUUGCCCGCCUGCCUCUUGUCCAGCGUCACUGACCCGAGGAAGUUGUUGAUGCUCUCCUGGGUGUUGCUGUCCGGGCUGGCGCUGGGCAGCACCAGUUUCAUUUCCAUGUACAAUAUCGCCUAUGCUUUGGACAAUAAAGUUUGUUCGAAUCCCCCAUACACACCGAGCUCGGGGUCUGCGAGGUGCUUGCAAAAGCUCCAGCUGUCGAUUUGGCCCUGGUUGGUGUUCCUACCAGCCUUCGCCAUCGCCACAUCUCUGGCCAAGCGCCCCUUGGCGAUGGCUUUGCACGAUGCCUGGUACCAGCCAGGGCGCAAUGAGGUGGCCCAGCCUCUGCAAAGGGAUCUACCUCCUCCGAGCGUCUUGUUCAGAGUCACUGCCACCUACUACUCUCGCAGUUGGGAGGCGGCAGCUGAUUUGGAGGCGGCCCCGUCCAACGCCUAUUCAAUGAUGCGUUCCUUUCCCUUGGAUCCGUCCUCGUCCAUUUUGUCAGCCCGCGGAGCCACCUUCGCAGACAUCGUGGAGUCUGAACAGCUGUGCUUCAUUUGCUACGAUCAGGUGCCAGAAGCCAUUCUGCUGGAGUGUGGACAUGCAGGUUUGUGUGUCACCUGCGCGAUGCAACUCUUAGAACGUCGCCCUGGACAGGCCCAGUGCGCUAUUUGCCGUUCCAACAUCUCUUGUGUGGUGCGGCUACGGGCCGAUGUCGCUGUUCCCAGCAGCCUGUUUGGGCGUGCGCCCAGACCUAGCAGCUCAUCUUCGAGAUCAGUCUCUGCAGCAGCCUUGCUUGAGGGCACUGCAACUGGAAGCUCUGAAACCUGGCCUGCGACGGCCAAGCGCUAUGCGGUCUCCGUGGAAGUCGUUCGAAGGCCCACUGGGGUUCGCUGGUGGCUGCCGUCCUUGAGAUGAGGGUGUUUCAACACGCUGGGCGUUUGGCCAGAGCAAAA